AUGUCAGCCGCCGUGGACCGUACUCAGACCCGCGAGCGGGAUUCGCAGUCGCCGACUGCCGCCCGGUUAUCCAGCCCGAGUGCCGACCGGAAACCGGUCUUCCGCUCCGUGCCGUUUCAGAUCCUGGUCGCCUGCGGCGUCUCGUUUACGGCGCCCGGAAUGUGGGAUGCGCUCGGCGGCCUUGGAGCGGGUGGGGCCGCCGAACCAUACGCUGUCUCUGCGGCGAACGCUCUGGUGUACGGAUUAUUCGCCGUAGUUUGCGUGGCCGCGGGAGCCAUUAAUAAUCGCAUCGGCUUACCGUACGGACUCGCCCUCGGCGCCAUCGGCUACCCCCUAUACGGUGCCGGACUGUACACGAACAAUGUCAGCGCCAACACCUGGUUCAUGCUGUUUGGCAGCGCCCUCUGCGGAAUAUCUGCUGGGUUUUUCUGGGCAGCCGAGGCCGCCAUCAUCAUCGGCUAUCCGUCGCCAGGAGAUCGCGCCUUCUACCUUGCGAUCUGGCAGACAGCGAAGGCAGCAGGACCUAUUGUUGGUGGUGCCAUCAACCUGGGUCUGAAUGCUAACAGGAAAACCACCGGAUCCGUGUCUUCAUCUACGUACAUUGUCUUCAUCGUCAUCAUGUGCCUUGGGUUACCUAUCGCUCUAUGCUUAUCGCCCCCGAGCAAGGUGUGGCGACGAGAUGGGACUAGGAUCAGCACAAAACUGAGCUCCAGCUGGGGUGCCGAGUUCAAAGCCGUUGGAAAGUUGUUUAUUAGCCGCAGAAUACUGCUUUUGCUACCGGCUUUCUUCAUCAGCUACUUCUAUAACGGCUUCAUGAGUACAUGGCUGGCGACGUACUUUACUGUCCGCUCCCGAGCAUUCUCGAGUUUCUUUACCAACUUUGCCGGCAUCUUUAGCUCCUUCCUCGUUGCGAUGUUGCUGGAUAACCAGAGGAUCUUUAUAAAGACCCGGGGUCGCGUCGUUUUCACAUCCAUUAUUGUCAUUCUCGUCGGCACAUGGAUCUGGGCCACAAUCCUGCAGAAGCAAAUUUACGAUGGCGACGAGCCGCCUGCGUAUGAUUGGUUCCAAGGCGGAUUCGGCAGGAGCUAUGCUCUCGUUUUUUUCUGGCAAUUCGGGGGUCAAGCCUUCCAGCAGUUCUUAUACUGGCUUGUUGGUCAGUACGCCACCGACCUUUCCGACUUGAGUCGUCACACUGGCAUAUUGAGAGGCACAGAAGCCCUCGGUCAGACCGUUGCCUGGGCAAUGCAGUCCGAGGGCAACGCAAACCACUUUGUCAGCAUCGGUCUCAACUUUGGCAUAACCGUACUGUGCUUGUUUCCCACUUGGAUUAUUCUCUCUGAGCUCGAGGGAAGCCACGAAAGUCCUGCCUUAGAAGAAGAACAUACCUCAGACGGGGGCAAGGCAUCGCCACGUGAGGUUUAG